UACCAGAUGACUAAAAAUCACUUGUCAGUGUGAUGGUGUUAACAGGUCGAAAGGACUUGCACGUUAGCCUUUUCGUUAGCUUUCUUGCUAAACAUUUUUACCAACUCAAAAUGGCUGGCUUUAGGACCGGCUGCUCCUCGACAGUGUCGUCACCAUCAUCAAGAGGGUUGUUAAGCGUGAUGGACUGAAGCUUACAUCAGCGGUGUUAUGAGCUCAUUCAAACUCAGAUCAUUCUUCCCAUAAUUUUUGGAUCCGAUUUACCACAUCCCCUCCCGUUAUUACCAUCCUGGACGCUCUUUGGAUCUUAUUGUAAAGAACUAUUUUCUUUUUCUAGCCUAAGGGCUACAAAGUCAUCUAAUGCAUUUCUCUUCUGCACAUUCAUACAUACUGUUUCUGGUGCACUUAAGUCAAUUAUCUUGUAAUGGCACUGCAAGACCCUGGCAGGACAACAGAAUUUCCUUGCAAACAAUGCAGCCUGAUAUUUCCCAACAUGCCCAGUCUGCAGGAGCACGUAAUUGUUCACCUUCAACAAGAGGAAGAUCGCAGGUUUAAAUGUGAUGAAUGUGGACGUGGUUAUAGGCAUGCUGGUAGCCUAGCUAACCACAAAAAGACUCAUGAAGUAGGCUCUUUUCAGUGUGACAUAUGUGGUAAAGAAAACUCUAAUGCUUUGGCCCUCAAGAGUCAUCUCCGGAUUCACAAUUCACAGAAAAAAUACUCUUGUGAUGAAUGUGGGAAAGCUUUUCGCCUGGCAACCCAGCUGGCUACACAUGAAAGAGUUCAUCUUGCUAGGCGAGUUAAGGAGCAGUCAUAUAGGAAGGUAGACACAGAAUAUCUCUCAGAUGAAACUGAAAACGAUCAACCACAAGCCCCAACUGAGUAUUCCAACAGUGUGGAGGAUUCUGCAGAGAUCAGACCAGUUGAGGAAAAGACUGAGGUUGUUUAUCAUCUACAGUCCGAGACCUCUGAUGAUUCAGCAAAUCGACCUUUUAGAUGUGAUUUAUGCGACAAAUCAUACCUACACCACCGAAGCCUGACCAAUCAUAAAAAGACUCACCAAGUGGGAAUGUUUGAGUGCACAGUGUGUUUCAAACUAUUUAAUAACAUGGCUGCACUUUACAGCCACCAGAGAACUCACAAGUCCAGAAGUGGGUCAGACCCAGGUUCAGUGGGUGGGUCAUACACAGGCACGCCACUGAACCAGUUUUCACCUCAGAGCCAAGAUGCUCCUGUUAAUUUUUGUCAUUUGUGUCAGGUUCUUUUCCCAAAUGAUGAGGAGUUCCAGGAACACAUACAAAUGCAUAACUCCUCAUCUUUGACAUCUGGGCCUCAGGAUACCUUAACAGAGAACCACAAUAUGUCAUAUGAAAACAGUAUUGCUUCACCUGAGUCAAGUUUUUAUGCAUCUCCUUUAAACAAUGUUCCUUCAGUAUCAUCUUUAGAUAAUCACGGAGGCUUUGAUCAGCCACAGGAGCAUGUUACAAGAAACGGUUAUCUGUACCCAGACUGCUCCAAAAAUCAGAUGCUAUCUUCCAGUUGCACUCAGGGAGAAAAUAUCAUUGUAGACCCAAGCAUUCUCAACCCUGCCCUGACACACGCACACAUCACAGACGAUGCAACUGAAAUAGAAGAGACUUCAACUGUAGAUUCUGAUGAGCGUCCCUUCAAGUGUCAAGUCUGCGAUAAAAGCUACCGCCACUCUGGGAGCCUCAUCAACCACAAAAGGUCCCAUCAGGUCGGGAUUUACCAGUGUUCUAUCUGCAGGAAGAGUUAUCCCCACCUUGCUGCCCUCAAAAGUCACCUCCGCGUCCAUAAAGCUCAGUCGUCAUCUUUUAGCCUCCUCACUGAGGAAGACUGGCUCUCUUCAGAGCCUCUGACUCUGGACAACCAACAAAGCUGCUUGUCCUCUCAAGAGGAGGGGGAAGAGGGCACUCACCAUGCACUUGGUAUGGAUCAGGAGAACGGAGCAGACCACAGCAAUGGAGCUUUAUACCAUGAGCAGUUUAAUCAGGAGUUUUCCCAGGAUAUGACAGUGCAUCUACCUCACGAUGAACACCUGAUGCAGCGGCACAUGUGUGCAGACUGUGGUGAGACAUUUUCAGAUAUUGCAGGAAUUAAGUCUCACAGUUGCCCUUUGCUACUGCAGCAGCAGCAUGACGCUACUAGCAGCGACUAUGACAGCAGUAUACAUUUUCAGGAAAGUAAUGGUCACUGUGCCGUUGGGAAUCCAGUUAGUAAUGUAGAGUACCAUGGUCCGAAAGUUAGCCAUGACCAAAGUUAUUUUGAACAGGAUUUCCAGGAAAAUUUGAACAGUGGUCAGCUGAAUGGUGGUGGGGAAGGUGAAGAUGCUGAGGAGGAGGAGGAGGAGGAGGAGGAGGAUGAUGAUGGGGAUCUGUAUCAAUGUUCCAUAUGUGGAAAUAGCUACACCAGCAUGAGGGCUCUCAGAAGCCAUCUGCGAGGUCACACACAGUCUCAUGGUACUCCUGCAAGCUCAGGGCCCUCAUCCAUGUCCUCCCAUGAAGAAAUAAAAGAUGAAGAGCCUGGAGAGAUGAUGAUUUGUAGCACAUGUGGAGAAAGUUUUGCCAACAGACAAGACUUAAUAACUCAUCAGCUUCUACACAACAAGGACCAGGUGGCUAAUGUUGAUAAUUUGCAGAUGAACAACAGUGAUGUGUCUGCAGGCAAGGAGGAAGCACAAAGUAUCAUUUGUGGCAGCUGUGGGAUUUUCUGCACCAGCUACCAUCAUCUUGACAACCAUGGCUGCACAGCUGAGGGGACAGAUGAGUUGACACACUGUAAAGAGGAAAUGAAAGUUAACAGUGUUGCCCAGCACGAAGACACCACUCCUCUAAAAGAAACUAUAGAUGCUAAACGUUGUCAGUACAAGUGUGAUCAGUGUGGGCGGUCAUACAGACAUGCGGGCUCCCUUCUUAACCACAAAAAGUCCCACAAAACAGGUGUGUUCAGAUGCCUCGUCUGCCAGAAACGCUUCUACAACCUGCUGGCCCUAAAGAACCACCAGAGGUCACACUUUGAUAUUAAAAGGCACACUUGCCACGAGUGUGGGAAAGCCUUCAAAAUUCAGAAGCAGCUAUUGAAUCACCUGAGGAGGCACAAAGAGAACCAGGCCAAAAUCCAGGAACUCAACAACCAGAUCCAGACCCUCAUGCAGAUGAAUGGGACAAAAUUUGACGGAGGAAUGCAGUCCUUAACUUCAAAUGCAAGUCAGACUUUCAGCUCAAGUCGAUGCUGGAGGCAACCACGCGAGGCAAAGGUUGGACAGACAAAGUGUGAGACUUCAGUCAAAUCGGAGGACACAGGUGACGGACGGCCCUUUGCCUGUGACCAGUGCGGGCGUACUUAUCGCCAUGCUGGAAGUCUGGUCAACCAUAGAAACUCCCAUAAAACAGGUGAAUAUUACUGCUCUGUUUGUAACAACACUUACUCCAACCAGCUGGCAAUGAAGAACCACUUGCGCACCCACUUUGCAUUCAAAAGGCACUCUUGCCAAAACUGUGGUAAAGGUUUCAGAGGAAAGAAGCAGCUAUUAGCCCAUGUUUGUGCAGACCAUCGAAAAGACGGGACAGCAGGCAGGAGAAGUCUAAAAUCCAGAGCGUUCAAGUGUAAGGAAUGUAAGCAGGCCUUCUUUUCUGUGGAGCAGCUGACAGAACACACCUGUGAUGGAGCUUCAGGCAGCGCUGAUACACAAACAAACAGGUCCUCUAACAAAGAGGAGCGGCCUUUUACAUGCAACAUAUGUAAUCGCAGCUACCGUCAUGCAGGCUCACUCCUGAACCACAAAAACACCCACAAGACGGGACACUUCAGUUGCACCUUCUGCUCUAAACCCUUCACCAACCCCAUGGCUCUACGGAAUCACACACGCAUCCACACGCAGAAGAAAAAGUACGUGUGUCUCACGUGUGGAAAGGCCUUCCGCCUUGCCAGUAUUCUGCACAACCACCAGAGGGUCCACAACCGAGCGACUAGUCACUUCAGCUGCCCCGCGUGUGGAAAGAGCUUUCAGGGCAGAUCCGGUCUGAAGAGGCACCGCUGCCGCCGAGGUCAAGAGAACUCAGUGAGAGCUGUAAUCCAGCAGGCAGAGAGAGGAGACAAGUGCUUCAUGUGUGACCUGUGUGGGCGCUCCUAUCGCCAUGCUGGAUCCCUCCUCAACCAUAAAAAGACUCACUCGGAAAACCUCCACCACUGUACCCUGUGUCUCCAGACGUUUCCUGAUCCUCUCACUCUACAGAUCCACUCCCAGAUGAGGCGUCACUGCUGCCCUGAGUGCGGCAAGACCUUCUGUCUGGUGUCACACCUGCAGAGCCACAUGGACGUUCACUCAAAGGAGCAGUCUUUAGUCUGCAGCCUCUGCCAGCAGACGUUCCCUGAUACGGCCAGCUACCAGCAGCACCAGGAACUACACCACGGGGCUGAUGACACCUAUCAACAUGGCGUGGGUGAACCUGUAGAUAACAACAUCCUCUGGGACUCAGGAAUAAGUCAGACCAUGGGGAUUGACGGGAUGCACAAGCAGGUUCCACCACCUUUGUCUCAUAUCCCAGAAAGCAUCACAAAUUCACAGAUGAGUAACGACCCUGCCGGCACAGAAGACAAGAGCCACGUUUGCGAGCACUGCGGCCGCACAUACCGCCACGCCGGCUCCCUCCUCAACCACAAGAACAGCCACAAGACCGGCUCCUUCUCCUGCUCCGUGUGCCAGAAGGAGUUCACCAACCUGAUGGCUCUGAAGAACCACCGGCGCAUUCACACAGAGCCAAAGCGCUACCAGUGUCUGGAGUGCGGGAAGGCGUUCCGCGUGUCCACUCAGCUCAUUUGUCACCGACGGAUUCACACCAAAGAGAAGCCCUUUGCCUGCCUGCUGUGCGACAAGAGCUUUUCUAGCAAAUCCAACCUGCGCCACCAUCAGAAGUUGCACCAGAACACCCAGAACUAUGACAACUCUUUUGGCAUGGAGGCUAACUCCUUUAUGGACUUGGACAUAGGGUCUUUCCUCUGAAGAAGACUCCUGACUGUUAAAGAAAAGAGGCCUUGUGAUCCUCUUUGUUUUAUCUCUUCAUUAGCCCUCUUAUCAAGAAUUGUAAAACUUUUAUUUUUCAGAAAGUGUUCCUUGGUCCUGACAAAAUCUUCUUUGAAGACUUUUUCUUUCAUGGACUUCCAGUCUUACCUCCUCAACAGUCGGUGUCAUUGCUGAAAGUCUCCAGAGUGUUUUAUCAGUCAGGCCUGAAUGUUUUCACCGAAUACACACGAUCCUAGAAAAGACAAUGUUCGAUGGUCUACGCUCUCCUCAAUGACAAACCAACCAAAGUGAACAGAGAAUUGCAGCCCAGGUCCAUGUAAAAACAAGAAGUGAUUUUUGUAAGACAGUACUGUUCCUAUGUUGAUCCCUCCUCUCUUACUGUGUAUAAUUGUAUUCAGUGCCUCUGUAGGUUCCUUAGGAAACAAAAUGUUCAAACGAUAUUUAUCUCUGCAUCCUUUUUGUUAGCCUUGCCGUCAGUUGCGGAGGACUGCUCACUUUCCUUUGGGGUCAAAUAGGGCAGGCCUGUUAUUCUAAGUCGAAUACCUCUGGGGUUUGUCUAAAGGUCAGGAGUGAAGAAGUGUUAGAAAUCAUAUAUCAAGUAAAUAGUCAAACUGCUAAUAAUAUUCAUGUUGAGUGACAUCGUAUGCUAAAAAUGGAUGUAUUUAUUAAUUUAUUACCGUUAUUUUCUGUGUAUAUUUUAUUAGAAAAUAACUUUAUAUGAAUGUUGUACAAACUGUCUUCUAAAAAUCAUGUAGCCUUUAAGAAGCUUCAUCGUCGAUUUGUAUCUUCUCAGUUAAAUCAGGCGGGAGAGAACGAGGCCUGUGUUGUUUGCAGCGCUCAGGGUAAAACCUUCAAAAGGAACCAACCUGAUGUGAGGAACUUUGUAGAUAAUCAGUUACUGAACUAAGCAUAGCAUUUAUAUUUCACCCGUGCCAUUUAUACACUGGUCUUCACUCCAUGAUUUAGUUACAGCUCCAUGUGCAGUGCAUGCUGUUGGAUCUUUGAGAAGCAGAAUCAGUUAUGUUUUAAGUGCCAGUGCCUCAAAUAUGAAUCAACUGUAGCAGUUUAAUGUCAACAAACCUCCUCUUACUGUUCUACUGUCGAACACAGCGUUAACAUUGUGUGGGUACAUUAUGAGAAUCUUUAAAUGCAUCUACUGAUGAGUGUACCUUCUCCACCACACACUAUCAAAAUGUUUUAAAGUUAUCAAUAUUGUCCUUUUUUUGCCUCCAUUAGAUUUCUUACAUCACAAAUUCUUGAUCUUAAAUCAAAUACAUGACCUUCAUAUCAACCGUAAUGUAGACAAGUUCAAGAUUAACUACCAACAUUUGCAAGAAGGAACCAGUUUCUUCAUCUCGUUCGACUUCAUGAACUCUUUUUAUUUCCUGCUCAAAAAAUGUGCAAUGAUUGAUUUUACAGGGUUAUGUUUAUUUUGCCAAGUUGUCUAGCGUGCCUGUUUUGUUUUUUUCCCUUGGUGGUGUUUUUAUUUUUGACAAAUCAGAAAUCUAGCAAAGCGAACACAUAGCCUUUUGUUUUAGUACAACAAUGGAACCUUCCACUUUGGUUAUGCCUUACACAUUUAGAACUCUUUGUCUGGUUACUGGUCAGUAGUCUGAUAUACCUCAGCCCUGCCUACCUAGCAGCCGCUACGUAAUGCCUCAUGCAGCUUAAUUGUAGAAAGUACACUGUAACUACUGAACGUCUGAUGGCUAUCAGUCGUAAGACGAGUAGAAUGGAUGAAGCUUAAAUCUGUAGGUUUGACUUUGUAGUUUGCGUUUCCUCCUUAUCGCCAAUGUUUCUCUGCAGGCUUAGUUACAUUUUGCACAUUUGUGGAUGAGACACUUGUAGCCUAAGGAGUCUAAACAGUCUGAUGUCUUUAUAGUUCACCUCAGUUCAGCUAGUUAGUGGCUAAUUUAAGCAAUAUGCAGAAACUGAAUGCAUCUCAUUUGUUUGUCUUAUCAAGUCCAUCAGUUAAAUGAACUCACACUAGCUUACCUGACAGCUUGCCAUUUUUGCUUUUUAAAAGUCUUCACUGUGUUAAUUAGAAUGGCUUCGUUAUCUCACUGCAUCGUAUUUUCUUAUGCCAUGGUAGCCUCCACGUUAAGCAACACGUUUCAACUGGCUUUUUUAAAUUUAUUUUUAUUACCUCCUGUGGCACUUAACAUGUUAACUCCUCUGUCAUUGGUCACAAUCACAGCCUAAUGUUUGUGCCGUGUGUUAAAUCUCAGAGCUCUCUCUGUAAAUAUUAGAGUCAAAAUAUCAGUUGGAUCUCUGUAUGAUCACUGCAAGAUUCUCUUCAGCAGGAGAAAACUGCUAGAUUUAGCUAUUGUGUAAUAAAAAAAGGCAUACAAGACAUUGUAAGGAUGAUUUAUUGGAUUUUUCAGUUCUGAAAAAUGUCUACUCACUAUUUAAUUCAUAUUUAUAGAACUAUUUUGUCACUGGAAUGUAGAUUUCUACUUCUUGGUUAGAGCUUAGCUUAGAGUACAAGCAAAAUAUUCCAAAUAAAAGUAGUUGAAAUGAAUUAAAAGACUUGGAAAACACGA